AUGCGUGGCGGCGAUUGGGUGAAUUGCGGAUGUUUUUCGGGGAGCAAUCAAGGCGAUGCGGCACGUUCGGUUUCUUUACAUUUUUUAGUUUAUUACUGCCGCCGCAACGUGGCAGCCACCCAUACCGCCCCCUCAUGCCCCCCCACUGUAAACAUCCCGUCAUCCACUGAUGUGUACUGUAAUUCUUUUCUAUUUCUCAAUACCCAAGGUCAAUACACAAACAAGCACAAGGAAUCCGCCAUCCCCAAGCCAAAACUCGUCUCCUACCCCACCACCCGGGUGAACUGCCGUUCCCUUCGUUCACCAACAUGCCGUCAACAUGCUGACUCUAUAUCAACCUCCCCGCUCCUUGCCACAGGCGCUCCUCUGUCCCCCUCCCCCCUCAUUGCCAUGACCUCCACCAUGACGUCCACCAUGCCCACAUCCAGUGCCGCAGACGCGACUGCGUCAGUCCCGACUGCCACUCCCCGCCCGAAGCGCGGUCGUCGCAAAAAGCGCCCCGACCUCACCGAGUCCCAGCGCAAGGCCUUGCGCGCUCAGCAGAACCGCCAGGCCACGCGACGCUCUCGUGAGCGCUCCCGAAAGCGCGCAGAGAUGCUCAAGGCCCAACUCAUUCACUCGCUCCGCUUGAAUUCCCUCCUCGUCGCAGAGCGACGUAAACUGCUCAACGCCGAUGUCAAGGGGAAUACCAUGGAAGCCAAGGGCGGGAACAAAGAGGAGGGAGAGCGGAAGAAUCCCAUGAGCUUGGAGACCAUCUUGAACCAUGAUGAGGGCGAUGUGCAGCAGAGGGCACGCUUUCGCCAUCGAGUCAGUGCGGCCCGCAUUGCUGUCGAUAUACCAGCCCCGGUACCUGCUGCCACGUCAAAGCGAUAUGCGGAGCAAGGGGCUGUGUCUUUUUCGUCACCAGUUACUGCCACGCCCAACCACAGAUAA